AAGAAUGUUAUUUUAACCUUAAAGUUCUCAUUUCUAAAAAAUAUUUCAAAGCCAUGAAUCCAAAAUUUACAGAACUCACCACAUUCUUCUUCUGGUUCAUACUACUCUCCUCUCAAUCUCUCUUAACUGUGGGAGCUGAUAAUGGAGCAGAGCACCUUGCAGAAGAACACAACAAGAAACAGGAGCCAUCUCUUGCAGAAAUAGCCACCGACACAAUCUCUGUGAUAAGAUAUCCUCACCGAGUAUCCUGGCACAAGAUCAAGACCCUGUUGAACAAAGUGCAGCUCCGGCUCUCUCCUCCGGAUCUGGAUUUUAGAGGCUCAAGUGAUAAGGCGAAUGCAGUGCAAGAGAUGAAAGAAGCAGUGGAAAAGAGCUUCGGGUCGAGCAAAUCCACGGUCGAGGGCUCGGCUAGAUCCGCUGCCAAAGCAGUCCAGAAGACAGCUGAGAAGGUGAAGGAGAGCAUGCCUGAUGAAGAAGUGCCUAGAUCAGAGCUUUAACCAUCAAUUGUUCGACUCGUUCAAUUGUAUUUCAGUCGUUAGAUUCCGCAUUAAUAGAUAUGAAUUGUGUUCUCUUUCCUUUACUUAUUUAGGGUUGAUCUUUUACUAUUCUACAAAUUCAGAAAGAAAAGUUCUGAUCAACUUAAAUUCAA